AUGUCCGUCGCCGCUCUUUCCAAGUCGCUGCCGAAGCCAAGAUACACGGGCGAGGAGGAGGAGCUGACACGAAGCACGCGCGUGCUGAGCUCCGAACAGUAUGAGACACAGGUCGCGAAGAGGCAGAACGGACCGCCUCCGUACGGCAGCAGGCAGAGCUGGCGACCGCGCGCCGCCGAGGACUUUGGCGACGGCGGCGCAUUUCCCGAGGUCCACGUCGCGCAGUACCCGCUCGACAUGGGCAAGAAGGGCCAGCCGUCGACAUCAAACGCGCUCACGCGACGAGUAGACGCCGAGGGCAAGACCAAGUACGACGAGAUCGCGAGAAGGGGACACGGCGAAAACAGAAUCGUGCAGGCCAGCUUCAAGGACCUGAUCCCGCUGCGACAGCAGGCAAACGCCGGCGACCUGGACCUGGACCGCCCCAGCCAGGAGGUUGUACAGGCGACAAAGGCAAAGACAGAGGCCGCACUCAUGGCCCUUGUUUCAGGCCAGACGGCCGCACAGAAGCCCAAGAACGUCCAGGGCCGCAAGGAUGACGAGCCCACUUUCGUGCGAUACACACCCACCGCGCAGAUGGGCGAAGCACAGGGCAAGACGCGCAUCUUCAAGAUCCAGCAGCGGCAGAUCGACCCUAUGGAGCCACCCAAGUUCAAGCACAAGCGUAUUCCCCGCGGUCCCCCUUCCCCGCCGCCUCCCAUCCUCCACUCGCCGCCACGAAAGUUGACCGCCGAGGACCAGGAGAUGUGGAAGAUCCCGCCGCCGAUCAGCAACUGGAAGAACCCCAAGGGUUACACUGUGCCCCUGGACAAGCGUCUGGCCGCCGAUGGGCGAGGUCUUCAAGACAUCACCAUCAACGACAAAUUUGCACAAUUCGGUGAAGCGUUGCAGGCCGCGGAUCGACACGCCCGUGAGGAGGUCAAGCAGCGUGCAAUCAUGCAGCAAAGAUUGGCAGAGAAGGAGAAGCUGCAAAAGGAGGAGCAUCUACGCAACCUGGCCAAACAAGCGCGGGAGGAGCGCGCGAACGCUGGACGCCGGCGCUCCUACAGCGACUCGGAAUCAGACUCGGAGCAAGAGGAGGUCCGCAAACGACAAGAAGCAAGGAAGGAGCGUCGUGAGGAUUUCCAGCGCGAACUACGCCAGGCCAAGAUGGGCACGGAACGCAAGAUCCAGAUGCUUGCCCGUGAACAAAAUCGAGACAUCUCCGAGAAAGUUGCGCUUGGCCUUGCAAAGCCCACGCAGAGUGGAGAGUCGAUGUACGAUGCCCGGCUAUUCAACCAGUCUAGCGGGUUCAACGCAGGCAUCAACGAGGACAACCACUACGACAAGCCUUUGUUCGCUGCCCAGGACGCGAUCAGCAGCAUCUACCGGCCUACUGUCCAGCAAGAUGACGCUGAAGACGAGGGCCAGACAUACGACCGAAUUACCAAGUCCAGCAAGUUCGAGGUGCUAGGCAAGGCAGGCAAGGGCUUCAAGGGUGCCGAUUUGCAAGAGCAAAGGGACGGGCCGGUUCAGUUCGAGAAAGACACGGACGACCCAUUCAACAUCAACGCAAUGAUCAACGAAGUCAAGGGCGAGGCGAAAUCGGGAGAGAAGCGCUACGGCAUCACAGACCCCUCAGAGGGUCGUUCGACAAAGCGCGCAAGAGUCGAUGAUGAUAGCGAUUGA